AUGAAUUACAAUAGAGUAGAACAUCCAUCAUGGUUUAAUACAAAAAAGAUUGAAUCUGAUUUAUAUUUAACAACAGAAGAUUAUUAUUAUCUUGGUAAUCGUCCGAAUAGUUGGCUUAUACGUGGAACAAAUCGAGAUGUUGUCAUUGACACUGGUCUCGGUGUUUGUAAUUUGAAACAACAUUUGGAAAAGCUUGAAUUAUUAGAUACUAAUCGUGAAUGUAUUGUUGUAUGUACUCAUUCGCAUUUCGAUCAUAGCGGUGGUGCACAUCAUUUCGAUAAUGUACUUAUUCAUCAAGAUGAUUAUCUAGGUUUGAGUAAUGGUGAAGAAUCAGCAACAUUAAAUUGGUCUUGUCCUACACAUUAUCGUGCUCAACCAUAUGAAACUUUCUUAGCAAGUGAAUACAAAGUUCCGCCAACAAAAUGUACACCUAUCGAAAAUGGACAUCGAAUUAAUCUUGGUGCUGAUAAUGCUGAUGAAAUUGAAAUAAUACAUGUGCCUGGUCAUACACCUGGGAGUAUCGUUUGCUAUUAUUCAAGAAAAAAGGCUUUAUUUACAGGUGAUUUUGUUUAUGAUUGUGGAAAUGGUGAAAAUCUAUUUGAUCAAUUACCAACAUCAUCUAUUUCUGAUUAUAUAAAAAGUGCUCACUAUAUGCUUAAUUGGUUGGAUGAGCAUAGAGACUUAGAAAAAGUUUAUCCUGGACAUUAUGAAAUAAUCAAUCGAAACCGAUUACAAGAAUUAUUAAAACAAUAUAUUUCUUCAAAAGAAUAG